GGCCGGGCGCCCGGGAGCCGGCCAUGGACCCGGCACAGGCCGGACGGCGCGCGGACGCCACGGCGUCCCCGCCGCCUUUCGUGCGCGUCGCCCCCUCGCUCUUCCUCGGGAACUCGCGCGCCGCGGCCGCGUCGGAGCGGCUGGCGCGCGCGGGCGUCACCCUGUGCGUCAACGUCUCGCGCCAGCAGCCCGGCCCGGGCGCGCCCGGCGUCGGCGAGCUGCGCGUGCCCGUGUUCGACGACCCGGCGGAGGACCUGCUAGCGCACCUGGAGCCCACCUGCGCCGCCAUGGAAGCCGCGGUGCGCGCCGGGGACGCCUGCAAAAUUUAUAUUUAUUAA